AUGCUGCUACUUCUGCUCCUUGUCAGUGCUCUCUGCCACCAGGGAGACGGGGCAGCCCUGUACACCUUCACCAUGAUUCAGCUCGCCCACCUCCCGAACAACAGCGCCAUUGAAUUUUGGGGGAAUGCCACUCUGAACGGGGUACUGGCCCACAGCCUGCAGGGCUUCAAUGCCAGCCAGCUGCUCCCGCUGGAGCCCCCGGCACAGUGGCAGGAGAUGGAGCGCAGCCUGCAGACUUACUUAAAGACCUUCCAUGACUUCGUGCAGGUGAUCACCAAGGAGAGGCAGGUGCAGUACCCCCUGCACUUGAGCUGCAAGCUGGGCUGCCAGCUCUCCCCUGAUGGCGCCUCCCACAGCUUCUACGAGGUAGCACUCAACGGAGACGACUUCCUGAGCUUCCAGGCGGCCAAUGCCAGCUGGGCACUACCGGGAAACAAGGAGGAGGACGAGCUGGCCACAUUCACCCAUGCCCAGGUGAGCCGGUACCCAGAGACCACCUCCGAGCUGCAGUCCUUCCUGGAUACGACGUGUGUGGAGUUCGUGAGGCGGCACAGCAAGAUGGAUGGCGCCAGGAUCGAAGGACAGCACAGGCGCUCGCACACCCUUCUGGCUCUGGGCAUCACCUUGGGAGCCAUCGCCCUGGCAGCCUUGGCCGUAGGAGUCUUCUUCUGCACGGGAGGGCGGAGUAGUGGCACCGGAGGAGGUCAUGCCCCAGCCAGCCUUCACGGUGCAGUGUGA